AUGGAGAAAGUAGAGUCAGAUAAUAUCAACACUACAGCUAGUCUAUCAACCCAAGUUGCCAACCAAAGCGGUCCUUCUGAGCCUACGGAUGCAUCUGCAGACAAACCUGCAGAGACAUCUGAAGUUCCUGAAGUUGAGCAAGCAAUGGAUGACCUUCAGACUGAAGAAGUCUUGGAGACUCCACAAGUUGCUGAGGCAAUUGAGGCGGAAAAGACAGAGGAAGCAGUACAACUCAGAGAGGAGGUGAGGAAUACUGAGACCGACAAGGAACAGGAGGAAACUGAGGACACUACCAAGAAAAAGACUAAUUUCUUCAAGGGACUACUCAAAGGCAUCAAAACCAUUCCUUCCAAGACAAAAAAAGGGGCUAAAAAGGUAAUGACUACAUCAGCUAAGAUUUACAAAAUAGCCACCUGCAGCAACGUGGAUUCAAAUUUGCUUGUUCCAGAAGAGAACAUUGCAACAGAGGAAAGACGCAUGUCUGUGGUAGAGGAAGCUGUCCUGCAAACUCAACUGUGUCUUGAGGAAAUGGAUCGAAGAGUGCAAGAGAAUUCUACUCCCAGUGAUAAUGUUAAUCCAGCCUUACUUGCAGAUGUACUUGAGUUUAUAGCAACCCUUGAAAAUGUCAUUAAACAAACCAACACAAAAACAUCAGAACUUUCCCUUCCCUUUGUUCUGAUCCACACCAUGAAAACUUCUUCCACUCUCUGCAAAAAAUCUCUUUCAAAGGUUGAAGAAAAGCUUUACACUGACAUUACCACCAAGAGCCACAGAAACCUCUUAAUAAGCGGAAUAGUAGUUAAGUACAUAAUUUCAAGAUCAUUUGAGCCAUCCACCUACAUCAGAUACUGGCUUUCAAAGAGUGUUGAGUUUGAAGCUGCAUACACAAGUCUCUACCAAGCAACACUUGAAUCUUUAACUGCUGAAAUUCCAGAGUCUUUAAGAAGCAAGUUCGGAGUAUUUGUUCUCAAUAGGGUGAUUGGCGUUGUAAAAAAGCAAAUCAUAAAAAAGCUUGAAAACGUUAAGCUUCCAAGGAAUCAGCAGCCAAAUCUUGAAGUUUCAUUUAAAACUCCAGUUUUUGAAAACGGCCUGAGAAUCACCAACGAAGUUAACACCUUCUUACAGAACGAGAACAGUGAAAAGGAUCCAUUAGAAAUCACUGCAUCAAAGCUUACUGACAUGCCAGAGCAUCCUGCCCCCAAACCUUCUAAGAAAGAAAUGGCAUCUCUUAACUCUGCUGGGCCAGCCUCUCCAGAAGAGUCCGAUGAGUUUAAUGUUUACAUCCCAUCCAAAGCAUCUGAGCUUUUCAAUGAAGGCGAACGAUCUACUAAGAAAGCUACCCCUGAAGAGAUACAGGAUAUUAAACAGCGAAUGCUGAGCUUAUAUUUUGACUGUGAAGAGUUGAAUCUUACUGAGUAUACAAAGUCAAUGGAAAACCUUCGCUUGAUAAUAAACAAGCAUUCUGAAAACAGAACAUCUUCAAAACCCAACAGGAAUGUUAAUCUUACUGAGCAUACAAAGUCAAUAGAAAGCCUUCGCUUGAUAAUAAACAAGCAUUCUGCAAACAGAACAUCUUUAAACACCAGCAAACGUGCUAAUACGUUAAUUAACGCGGUCGCCCCAGAGACACAACAGGCUCCCUCCACUUGUGCCCAAUCUGAGAAGAUUACUUCUGACAACGCAUAA